AUGGCCAAAUCAGCCAGAGCGUCCGUCGUCAAGCGCAACCACCGCAACCUGCGUACCAAAGUGUUUGGGCCUGCCCACGAUGCUCGAACCGCAAGACUGUCUGCAAAACUGCAAGAACUGUCAGCGAAGCCUCGACCGACCGAGGACAAGGUCAUGGCACUCGACGUUUCAGCCGAGCAAGAGACAGAACACCCGUCCACAAAUGACGGCGGUGAAGAUAUGGAAAUCGAUGCCCAAGGAGCAAAGAUGAAGCCAGUCAAGCCACAGUCAGGCAAGUCACACUCCAACCGGAAAGAACACAGAGUGUCCAAGAAAAAGGAGAAGCAUUCCAUGGUGUUCGCUUCCGAAAAGGCCAGGAGGAACAAGCAGCAGAAGAGCAAACGAUGA